AUGCAGUCAACCUUUUGCCAUAUUCCUGCUGCCUGUAUUCUUCUCAGCAGUGGUGGACAGAGCGGAAGCCUGUCAAAACUUGAAUAUCUUCAUUUGUCGCAAAUCUCUGAUCUAGGGGAUGAUACAGUGAUAGCCAUCUCAACAGGGUGUCCUCAACUGCGAGAGCUGACAUUGAUUGAAUGUGGUGGGCUCACAGCUGUUGCCUUCAAGUUUAUCUAUUUACUCACAAAUCUGGAAAAGCUCGAAAUUGAUUCUUGUUGGAGCCUUGGUGAAGAAGCAGCUCACUACAUCUCUAUGCUGCCAGCAAUCCAUUAUAUGCAUUUCCAUACUAACCAGUGUUGUUCAGGAGAUAUAGGAAAAUGCUUUAGAUUUCCUCCCGUUCCAAGAGACUGCGAAGGGCUGACAAUAAAAGCAUGGAGACUGUGUGGAUGAGAUGUGCACUCACAUGCCAGAGCUGCAAGCUGAAGAUAUCUGAGGUUCAUACCUGUACAUGGUGAAUGGAUA